AUGAUAUCUCUUGGCUAUGAAAACCGGAGUCGCUAUGCCUUGAGCAAUCUAAUUUUCUCGCGUUUUCAGGCAGAUUCAGAGCUUACUGACCUUGGUGAAGACAACUCACUUUGCUCGAUUUGCCCUAGAAGCCUGCUUGACGAUGAAGCGCUCGCAUUACAGUUCAGUUUAACCGUGCCAGCAAAUGAAGAUUUGCAUAUUCCGGAACUGACUGGAGAAGCAUCUGCCCUAUUCGAAAAUCUCUACGAUACACUUUCCAAGCAAUGCGAAACUCGAUCGCCUGUGACCCUCCCUGCCAAAAUGGCGACCAAGCCACUUUCACAUCAGUCAGUGCCGCGUAAAAAGUUGAAGUGCUCGUUGGCUGAAUACGCGUGUCCAGAAACAAAUGAAGAUGCAUUUUCGGAGCUUACUGACCUUGGUGAAGACAGCUCACUUCACUCGAUCUGCCCCGAAAGUCUGUUUGACGAUGAAGCGCUCACAUCACAGUUCAGUCUAUCUGUGUCAACAAAUGAAGAUUUGCAUAUUCCGGAACUGACCAGAGAAGCGCCUGUACUACUCGAAAAUCUGUACGAUAUACUUUUUAAGCAACAUGACAUUCGAUCAUCUGCAAACCAACAUGCCGAAGCAACAGCCAAGCCACUUUCACAUCAGUCAGUGUCGUACAAAAAGUUGGAGUGCUCGUUAGCUGGAUACCGGUAUCCAGAAGCAAAUCAUGGAUUAGGAGUCACUGUAAUAAUUUCCAAUCGUGGUGUUGGCUACUCCCAGUUCACUUGGUCAGAAGCAUCUGCCGGAAAAAACAGCACCAUCAGCAACAAAUCCUGGGAGGAACUGUGCAAAAAACGCAUCUUCGCACUGGCAGCCAGUGCGCUGUCGACUAAGUUGCUUGUAUACAAAUUGCAAAAGCGCGUAUUGCAACGACUCAGUCUGUUUGCAGAUAUAAACCCAUUUUUCCAAAGCAACAGGACUGCCGAUGGUUGUUCAUCUUAUUCGGAUACUUCUGGAAUUUCGUUUUACGGUGAAAAACCAGGGCCUGAUCACCACAACAAUCUUGAGCAAGCAACAAACGAAUUGUCGCCUAACGCUUCUAAAUCCGCUGAAAAGGUACUCACUUUAUUUAGUACGUUCUUACAAAUUCUACAGCAAAUGUAUGAAGAAAUGAAUGCAUCGGAGGAUCUGCGAGAACAGAGAUGUGGAAAUGCGUUGGACUAUAACUUUAGAGGUGCAUUUUUGGAACAGAGUGACAUUGGUGAAGAUAGUUCAUUUCGUUCGAUCUCACUCGAAAGUUUGCUUGACGUCCAAGUGCUCGAAUCACAAGUCAAUCUAUCAGUGCCAACAGACGAAUUUGUUUCGGAAUUUGCCAGAGCAGAGCCUGCUUUAUUCCAUUCUGUCUGCGAUGUAAUUUUCAAACAACACGAUUUUCGACCACCCGUAAACUUGCAUGCCGAAACCACAGUUAAACAAAACAAACAACUUUCACUUCAGUCAAUGCCGACCGAAAGGAUGGAGUGCUCUUUGGCUGGAUACUGGUGCCAAGAAACAAAUGUUAGCAGUUUCCAAUUCUAUUUUCAAGGGUUUUUAGGCGCUUUUGUUGUGCAGCGUUACAGCGCUGCUACAACAAUCAGAAGCGCAUACUGGCACGAGGAUGUCUGUGUUUGUCUGUACAUUUGCACUUUUUGUCACUCACUUCCAAAUGGAGGACCAGAAAAACCUAGAACUUUAAAAUUUCGGGGGUAUGUGCUUAACCGCUGUGUGACCCUCCCGCUUUAA